GUGAGCUAUAAAUAUUGAGGAAUCAGGCGGUCUCUAUCCUUCUAGUGAGAAGGAGGAAAAGGAAAGAUUUUAUCAGAACUAAAGGGAUCCUUCCUUGAACUCUUUUAAGCAGCAAAGGAGUUCUUCUAAUGGAGAUUUCUUCCAUGAGAGAGUUAUCUGAACUGGGUAUGGAGGAUCCUAGGUUCAUCAACCAGUGGCACACGAACUCUCUAGAUGAGCUCAGCAUGCUGCAACCAGCAUCCACUACAUUUGGAGAGAAUUUACAACAUUGUUUCAUGACUCACCCAAACUUCAACCACAGAAAUUCCAUGGGAACUUCUCAGACUGGAAUUGAUGGAACCAUGAAACAGCUCAAAGUCAACAGCUGGAAUAAUUCAUCCAAACUUGAUCAUGUAUCAUAUCCCCAACUUGCUUCUUCUGAUCCAACCAUUAAUCUAUCGUUUGCGGAUGCGAACUACACAAAUCACAUGGGUGUUUUAAAGCCUAAAGAGGAGGUAGUAUCUUCCCAAAUCAUGAAUACCCUUCCUUCUUGCCAGGGGGGUAAGAGGAUUAGCACAAGCACUAGACUUUCCCAAGCACAAGAUCACAUUAUGGCAGAAAGGAAAAGGAGAGAGAAGCUCAGCCAGCGGUUCAUAGCAUUAUCUGCUAUAGUUCCUGGCCUUAAGAAGAUGGACAAGGCUUCUGUUCUUGGUGAUGCUAUCAAGUAUUUGAAACAAAUGCAAGAGAGAGUGAAGACACUUGAGGAACAAACUAGGAAGAAGAACAUAGAAUCAGUGGUGUUUGUAAGGAAAUCUCAACUCUUCCUUGAUGGUGACAACUCUGCCUCAAAUGAAAGCCUCUCCAGCGACCCCCAUGAUGAGCAUCUACCAGAAAUUGAAGCAAGAUUCUGCGACAAAAAUGUCCUCAUAAGAAUUCACUGUGAAAAAAGGAAAGGAUUGCUAGAGAAAUCGGUGGCUGAAGUUGAAAAGCUCCACCUGACAGUCAUCAAUAGCAGUGUCAUGACAUUUGGGAGUUCUGCUCUUGAUAUCACUAUUAUUGCUCAGAUGGAUGAGGAAUUCAGCAUGUCUGUGAAGGAUCUUGUAAGGAAUCUCCGACCGGCUUUCGAGUUGAUCAUGUGAAAAGAAGUUGGAAUUUGAGCUAAUAUAUAAAAGCCUCUUAUAAAGUUUCUUUGCUGCUGCUGCUGGAAGCUUCAGAGGACAGGAAUAAUCCUCAAAAACACAAGAAGUCAAAGUCUUUCAAGUUUUCUGCUUACAAGGCCUGUAAUGCUCUACCAUAUUAGACCAUCUAGUUUUAAGCUUGUUUGCUGUGAGAUCCCUUUUGAAGGUGGGUUUUUCUUUAUUGAAUUUUUGCAUGGUUAACUCUUGGCCAUGUUGAAAUUCUCACCUGUUCAAAAAGAGUGAUAUCACAGUUUGUUUGGGGUUUUCUUUUUGGGAGUGGUUGAAGAGGGAAUAUGGCUUUUUUGGUGUGUAGACAAACAGGCUUCUGUUUCAGUAGUUACUUAGUCAUGUUUUAGAGGCAUCUUGAUAACUCUUAUGGAGCCUCUUUUUCCUUGUAAUGUCAUUAGAUUGUAACACUUUGAUAAU